AUGGGUAUAGGAUAUGCCACUCCACCACUAAAAGACCUAAGAUUUAUGCCACCGAAAGACAUUGAGCCUUGGAAAGACGUUUUAAAAGCCACAAAAGAAAAACCUCCGUGUUUACAAUAUAAUUAUAACGUGAAAAAAGUUGAUUCUAUUGGGCAAAGCGGUGUCGAAGAUUGUCUUUACCUUGAUAUUUUUACACCAGCAGUAGAUGAAAAUAAUCGCGGGGUUGUUGUAUUUCUGUAUAAUGAAUAUUUUCGAUACUCAUAUAAUAAAACAAAAGAUUACGCUCCAGAUUUCUUCAUCGAAGAAGACGUGGUUGUAGUUACAAUAAGUCAUCGACUAUCCGUUUUUGGGUUCCUAUCAUUCCAAGAUGAUGUUUUGCAUGGUAAUUCUGGAUUGAAAGAUAUAGUAAUGGCACUGGAGUGGAUAAAAAAUAAUAUAGAACGUUUUGGAGGAGACCCAAAUAAAAUAACUUUAAUGGGUUUCAAAGGUGGGGCUGCUGCAAUAGACUUACUUAUUCAUACGAAAGCCAAAAAUCUAAUAAAUGGAGCUAUUUUACACAGUGGGACUUCCUUGACUCCAGAUAUUUUGCAAGAUGAUGUUAGGGAAAGAGCGUUCAAAUUGGGUGAAUUAUUGGAUAUCGGCACUACGAGUAGUAAAAAACUGUUAAAAUAUUUAAAUGACAUUGCUCCAGAGAAAUUACUUUCAAAGGACUUUAGAUCUCUACCUGAUGAUUACUACAAAGAAAAUCAAAAACCCAUUUUAGCUUUUGGUCCAGUAAUCGAAGUCGAUUCAGAUGGUCUUGUUCUGCACCACCCAGAAAGUUUGCAUGAUCCCGUCAAUAUUCCCAUAAUGAUUGGAUCAAAUUCCCGUGACGGUUUAGACUCCGCAAUUGAUUACCUCAUUGAUCCAAAACAAAUGAUAUUUAUCGAAAAAGAUUUCCAUUUCUUACUACCUAUACGGAUAGAAAUAAAGUUUGAUCCUCUUAAAGACGAAUACUAUAAGGCUAUAGAUGAAAUUAAGAAUUUCUAUUUCAAAAAGGGUAAAGUGACAUUAAAAAGUGUUAGUGAUUAUGUCACUUACAUAGGAGAUGUACUUACAACUUAUCCCGUUGACGUAAUGACGAGAAAGUACGCAAAUAAAACAAAAAAUUCCCUGUAUUAUUAUCACUUUGAUUAUUACAGUGAAUUAAAUGCUAACAAAAACAGAAUUUUAGCGUUAUCAGAAGUAAGCGAUGGUACCUGGGGAGCUUCAUCCGGCGACGAGUUAUGUUAUCUGUUUAAAUGUCCAAUACUAAAAAAUAACUAUCUAAAAUUAAAUAAAUCGAUGUCUGAAGAAAUAAUAUUCCAAAAGAAAUUAGUAAAACUAUGGGCAAAUUUCAUUAAACAUGGAUCUCCUGCGCCAGCACAUAAUAAUCCUUUGGAGAAUUUUGAAUGGCCGACGUAUAAUUUAGAAACAAAAGAAUAUCUUCACAUCGGAAAAAAUAUAGAAAUACGACGUAAUCUCUUUGAAGAUAGAUUCGAGUUCUGGGACAAAUUCCUAACCAGAUGGCCUAAAAUAUUGAGGAACUCAAGAGAAAAGGAUGAAUUAUAA